AUGAAACGAUACCUCGCAAACUCAACGAGCGACAGGGUUUAUAAACCUCAGGAUCAAGCGAAGACCGCGCGCGAACGAACGCAAUCCUUCCUGCAUAUCAGAGACGAUGAAAUGGAAAUGGUCGAUCGGAUGGCCCGAUCCUUCGACGAAACUGGGCUGGAUGAGGUUAACGAGAUAAUUGACCACAACUACUACAAGGACGAAGAUACGCCGAGAAUUGUCCAGGAGGUAAAUUUUUUAUUGUUGGUUGUGUUUUAGAUACAAGAGGGGUAAAUGUGGAUUGCAAAACAGGCUUCAUGGAAACUCGACAGAGCAGAAUUGGACAGGGUGAAAUUCGACAAUUUUUUUCGGUGCAAAAAAUAUGAAAAAAUUCAAUGGCGACAUUUUGUACGAUUGCAGUAAAAAAUCUGUCGAGUUUCCCUCUGUCCAGUUUCUCCCCGUCCAAUUUGGCGCUACGACUUUUCGGGUCAGCGACAAUUCGGCUCAACGAUACGAUGGGUCGCGUGAAUUCGUCGUUGUAUGCGUCGGGGCGGCUAUUAGAAGGCUUAGUUAAUUCUUAAAAAUAAUAAAAUUGAUCGGAUCCUAGGAUAGAUUAUCACAUAUUUUAAGGUAUUUUACAUGUAGUCACACCAAUAAUAUCUAGAUAAAAGUUACCGAUCUUCGUUUUUUGCCUCAAAUUUUGGUCUUUUGUGUGUUACAAUAACUCAGAGUAAUGAAAAUCAACGUUAGUAAUAGCUAAAAUUAAAAAAAGGUGGACAUAUUUGUUGUAUUAUGAUGCUCUUCAAUCAUGCUCGCGUCUCAUUUCAGCACUUAAAGUUCCCCAAGGACGAGACGGAUAUCGUCUUCACCUUCGAAGAUUCUCCACCGGAUUCAAUGGCUCCGCCUGAAGCGGAGGUCCAGAAGGUUACACCUCAAGGAAGUCCGGAAAAGAAAGGCAUCGAAUUGAACCCAUCCUUGUCGCUGAAACAAAAGGCAGCGAUGAUCAAGCGCCUCCAAGAGAGUGGAAUUGAAUACGUGGAUGAAUCGCCCAACUCAAGCCCAGAGAAGAAUAUGGACCAAGAAAUGGUAAGGAUCAAAGAAUUAGCUCUUUUUUAGAUGUUGUUUUGAAAUUGAAAUUUUUGAUCGAAAUCGAAGCCUUUUUUUCUUCAGCCUCUCCAUUUCACCCCAUCGAAGCGCCAGCAGACCCCUCAUUCUCAACACAGCACCCCGAAGAACAGCCCUCCACGCUCGCAACCCGAUCAAGUUGUAUUUCACCAGGUGGUCUGCAACAACACUGGAAUGCAAUUAAUUGUCCCAUACGAAAUGGAUUUCUAUGGAAGAUACCAGCCUGGAAUUCCCUACCCAGUCGUUCCUCUGUACUGCACAGCCAAAGACAUCCCACCGGAACUUACGCAACCGGCUCAAGAUAACUUGAUAUUCCCGUCGGUUCCAGUCCCUGAAAGUGCCCAUUCUCCGGCAAGCCAAGACCUCAAUGCCAAUAAACUGUAUCCAGCCUCACACUUGGUUGAAGAGACGAUCCAUUCGGAAAUAAAUAGGGGAUAUUCUACGCCCUUUUUUAGCAUGGAAGAGUUUUAUCGCCUUUUUGAAACACAAGGAUGUGUACAGAAUACGGCCCAGCAACAGGCGCAGCCAAAAAUCAAAUCGAAAGCCCGAAGAAACUUGAAUUUCGGCCCAGAGGUGGAUCAAAUGGAGAUAGAACGAAUAAACGAGAAGACUCACAAUUUGUCUGGAGAGCCUUUAGAUACGAAGAUGAGAAGUCAUGAGAAGCCGGUUGAAUGCGAUCGGGAAGAGAAGGUUCAAGUUCAAAGUAAGCUCGAUUAAUUUUUGUUCCAUAUUGUUUUAGGCGAAUCCCAGCGCGAAAGAAGACCCUCCACUUCGUCGGAUAAAAGAAAGGACGAAGGGCCGUGUGGAUAUUGCUUAUCCACCAACAAAGAGAUGAUCGCAUACAACCAUUCCAGAAGAACCUGUCCGACCCUCCAGAAAAUGGAACCUUGCGGCAUCUGUGGCGCCAGCGGAGAGAACAAUCAUACUCAAAUGUAAGGGUUAAGAAUUUGAGGUUGAUUUGUAGGAACUCCUCGGGAUCUGUAUUAUUUUUUGAUUUUUUUUUAUUGAAUGACGUUAAAAUUUGAAUGACGAUAAAAAUUUUUACGGCAAAUUUCAUUGUAAAAAAAGAAAAAUCUUUGGAAAUAAGACAGAUUCCGAGGAGUGCCUGCAUGCUCAUUGGGUUGAAUGGUAUCUCAUAAAACAUAAAAGACGAAAACAAAGCUCGGGCGCAGCUUGGACUUUUUUUUGGAAUUUGCCGUAAAAAUUUUUUUGUCAAAUAUCAAUAUAAAAAAAUAAAAUUCCGUAUUUCCAGGCACUGUCCAGCGAAGAAACCGGUCUGGUUGGAACGUACCCGCAUCCAGGACCGCCCGUGGUGGGGAUUCCCACCUCCAGUUGUCGCCCCCAAAGGGCAGUACAAAGAAGACGAAGUUCCGGCGGAAUGGAUGUGCAAUCGCCAGGCUCAGUUCCCAGUCGAGGUGUUCAAACACAUUCCAGAUGGUAGGCACGGCUCUGAGAGAAGCAACUAG